UUUCCUGCUGCUUUUACCAAAAUGACGAAGUUUGAACGCUUUUUGCUAUUUGAGCUUAUACUAGAAGAAUGGGGGAAAUCAUAUUAAAAAACAUAGAUGAGUGUUUGUUUUUCGCCUUUACCCCAUAUUUUCCCGAGAUGUGAAAAGAAGGUAGAUUCCUAGAGAUAGUGGUGUAGGAAGAAUGCUUAAUGCCACGAAAGGAGGCGCCAUACUCGGUCUGAAGCCGGGAAAGUGGGGCGGGGGUAAAGUCGGAGUCUUCGUGCGCCGGACUCACCUAAUCCUGAAGCACGAUUGCGCAGGCGUUUCAGCGCGGGGAAUCCUGGGCAGAUUUCUCUGCAGGACCCCAGGAAUCUUGUGAAGAUGACUUUAGAGGAGAGAGAGGGAUGCGUUUGGCUACUCGUGCUUAGCUCUGUGUUUGUGUGUAAUCUACUUAAGCUUCUCCUCCCCUCCUUCUCUUCCGUCAUAUCCAAGCUGCUACAAAAGGAUGUAGACCAAGAGUCCCAGAUGAGAGCAGAAAUACAAACCAUGAAACAAGAUCUUUCAGCUAUUAGUAUGAUGGAUGAAUUUGCCAGAUAUGCCAGACUAGAACGAAAGAUUAAUAAAAUGACUGAUAAGCUUAAAACUCAUGUGAAAGCACGAACAGCUCAAUUAGCCAAAAUUAAAUGGGUCAUAAACAUUGUUUUUUAUAUAUUGCAGGCUUUAUUAAUGAUUUCACUUAUUUGGAAAUAUUAUUCGGAUCCUGUGACUGUGCUACCAAGUAAAUGGAUAGCUCCAUUAGAACGGUUAGUGGCAUUUCCUACUGGAGUAGCAGAUUUUGGUCCAAUUACAGAUUAUUGAAACUCUUCUGGGACAUGGAUCAGCUCAUCUGAAGCUUUGGUAGCUACCAGCAUGCCACACCCACCCCCUGCAUGGACUGAGAGCCUGUACCUAUUCUCAGCCUGAAGCAGCUUAGAUUGAGACCAUUGCCCCUGCUCCUGAUAUAAUUUGGACUGAUAUGGGGGAGUGUGAAAGUGGUUGAUUAAUUAUUGUUAAAAUUAUAACUGUAUUACUAUGUGUUUAAGAUUGGAUGGAAAUUGGGGAUGGAAAUUGUUAAAACUGUGUAACUAUUGCUGUUAUGGAUGUAUAGGAACUUUAUAUGUGGGAUUGUUACUUGAUGCUUUAGCUUUGAAAUCUCUUAUUCUGUUGGAAUUGCUGUGGCAGACUGUUCUCUGAUUGCCUGCUUUUAGGAAAUCUCCAAGAUAUAGAUACCUGUCUUGGGACUGGCGGUCUCUAAAUCUGUAACCCCAGUUUCUUAAUUAGUAUCUUAGCAUUCUCAAAGAACAUUGCAGUUUUGAAAUCAGGCCUCUAAAGUUAGGGGUUUGCCUGCCUUCAUAGUCUAACUGCAUAUUCUGCUCAGAAAUCUGGAUCCUUUCUGGAUCCUAGUAGCAGCACCUGUUCUUUUAAGCAGGGACAGGUGGAGCUACUCCAGGCCCCACUCUUUCUCUCCUUUGGAAUCUCUUGACAGACUUGGGGUGCCCCUCCUAGCAUGGGCAGCAUGACUGUCUCGAGCCCUGCUACUCCCUAUAUAAGCAGAGGCUGAGUUAAGGGCACAAAUGACUGCAGACACCUAAUACAGUGAACUGUUGUUCUUAAACUGGAUUCUCUGGCUGAGAUGGUGUUCAACUGCAGAAGACCUGAAAUGCUGCAACAGGGAGCCUUUGUACUGCUGAAAACUCUGGGGUUGUCAGGGAGAAACUUGCCCUUACCCUAAGUCCUUGCAUUUUCUAGUUUUAUUUUGAUUUAUUUGCUUCACAUUGGCUUGGUCAAAAUUAUGGUGCUGAGACCUUCCUGAUAUCUAGGGUGAGAUGAUUCAAUAAUUCAAAUAUUCAGAAGGAGAAUGUGUAAUGUUGUGCUUCAGUUUCCCUAGAUUGUCAUCUUUAUCUUUCUUUGUAUUUUUAUGUCUGCCAAAUGCCAAUCUGUUCUGUUCUGACAAUUGGUGGAAGCAACUUUUAUGGUAUGGACUUAUUACAAUCAGUGGUAUUAUCCUGUUGCCACUACGCCUGCCUUGUAUAGUUACUUUAGUAACCAGAAUAGUUCAAUGGUCUCUGUCAAAGAUACUGCAUACAGAGGAUGCUAUUAAAAUGAUGAUUCUUUAGAAAGAAGGUUGGAAUGUAGUAGAGAGAGAUGAUCAGCUUGAUAAACAAUGUGUAGAUAUGUUGACUGAUUUUGAACAGUCUGUAAGUUCUUCAUAGAUAUAUGAUAAACAUCAUUUACAAAUUUAGGGGGGAUUGAGUGAGAUGGAAAGAUGAAGAACUUACAAGGUAAGUAUUGUAUGAAUUCCCUCCCCCUUUUUUGUUUCUUUUUGUUAUUUCCCUGUGUCCUGCAUAAGUAUAAAAUAUGCAGACAUAUUUACUUAACAUUAGUCAGUGACAUUUAUCAGUAUUUGACAUUUAUCAAUAUUUAGUCUAUUAGCUUGACCACUGUCAGUUCAAUUAUAAAAAGCCUGAAGGCCUAAGUUUCAAUUUCCUAGAAGAAAGCUGAUUUUGGGGAAACUGAAACCUUUCAUUCUAAUUUUUUCGGGAAGCAACAUCCAAUUAGAUGGCCCCACAUCUUUCAGUGCUCUCUAACUUGUGAUGUAAUUUCCUGUAACAAAAUCUAUAAAAGCUGUGUAUAUUUACUGAUUCUUCAAAUCUCCUACUGUGAGUACUUUCACUUCCCUUUUUCGUUCAUGGCUGGACCAUCCACUUCUCAUGAGAUUCUACAAUAAACAAUUUUCUGUUUUCUAC